AUGAAGGCACAAAUUUAUAUGAAUAAAACCAAAACAUAUCAAGACUUGGGUAAUAUAAAUCCACUUAAGUCUUUAGUUGAACAGACAAAUGAUCUACUUUAUGGUUUAUGGACUAGUAAACAUAUUAGUCAAAAACAAUAUGAAAAGUUAAGAGUAAAUAAAGAUGACGCUGAAUUAGUUCAUCUUUAUUUCUUACCUAAAGCACAUAAACCAAAUACACCAUUGCGACCAAUAAUGGCUGGUCUUAAAUCUCCUACCAUCAAGAUUUCUAGAUGGUUAGAUGGUUUAUCAAGACUCCUGUUUGAUCGUUUAGCAGUUGAUACAACUGUUAUAAAUGGUGUUCAAUUAAUUAAACAAGUAGAAAGAUGGUCGGCUAGUAAUCUUACAUUAGCCACAUCAUUCAUAGUAAUGGAUGUAACAGAUCUAUAUACAAUGAUCCCGCAGGAAGGAGGAGUAACAGCCAUUAAACGCCUGAUGGAAACGUCAAAUUUAAAACAAAUCAAUGGUGUUAAAAAAGAGAUUAUCUCAGCUCUUACCAGAUUUGUAAUGACUAAUA